CACUUUAGCCAGUGCCCAGGCUAUCAGCAGAGAAGAGAUGGGUAGCACGGCUCCAGGAGAAAGGGAAAGGGAGGAUGGUCCAGCCAAGAGGGCCCUCCGGAAGGUACACACAGCCACUCUGGUCAUCAACUUGGCCCGAGGUUGGCAGCAGUGGGCGAAUGAGAACAGCAUCAAGCAGGCGCAGGAGCCCUCAGGGUGGCAGCCUGGAGGGACCCAGGACCCACCCCAAGCUCCUAAGCCGACAGUCACAUACCCUACCCACCACCAGAAAUCUCAGAGUGCCGCCAAGUCUCCAUCCCAAAAGCCAGAGGGACAUGGAGAUGGACAGAGCUCCGAUGAAGCCACUGAAGUUUCCUACAUCAAAAAGAAAGAGGUGACCAAAACUGUGGUCAGCAAGGCUUAUGAGAAGGGAGGGGACGUGAGCCACCUCAGCCACAGGUACGAGAAGGACAGUGCCACGGCUGACCCUGGACAGCCUGAGCAUGACAUUGACAGAAUCCUCCACAGCCACGACUCUCUGACACGGAGAAGAAAAUGUGCCAACCUGGUAUCUGAGCUGACCAAGGGCUGGAAAGUGAUGGAACAGGAGGAGCUGCAGGGGAGAAGCGACAGCCUCGACACAGAGGACAGCGGCUACGGAGGAGACGCCGAGGAGAGGCCCGAGCAGGAAGGACUGCAGGUGGCUGCUGCCAGGAUCAAACGCCCCCUGGGCUCCCAGGCAAACAGAUUUACAGAGAAACUCAGCUGCAAAGCCCAACAGAAAUACAGCCAAGUGAACAACCUGAAAGGGAGAUGGCAACAGUGGGCUGAUGAACACAUACAAUCCCAGAAGCUCAAUCCUUUCAGUGAGGAAUUUGAUUAUCAGCUGGCCAUGUCCACCCGCCUACACAAGGGAGAUGAGGGCUACGGCCAUCCCAAGGAAGGAACCAAAACUGCUGAAAGGGCCAAGAGAGCCGAGGAGCACAUCUACCAGGAGAUUAUGGAUCUGUGCUUCAUCAUCCGCACCAUGGCUCGCCGCCGACGAGACGGCAAGAUCCAGGUCACUUUUGGAGACCUCUUUGAUAGAUACGUUCGUAUUUCAGAUAAAGUGGUAGGCAUUCUCAUGCGCGCCAGGAAACACGGACUGGUGGACUUUACAGGAGAGAUGUUAUGGCAAGGCCAAGAUGACCAUGUUGUGAUUACUCUACUCGAACCUUCAACAACAAAAGCCACUUGACCCACUAUCGUCUUAAUGACAAAUACCAAUAUAUUUAAUUUAAAAUGCAAACUCUCUGUAAUAAGUUGAAAGGUAUUAAACAAUUUUUA